AUGACUAGCGAAUGUACUUCAAUGGGGGCAGGAAGUUUGGCGAAGUUGAGGGGCAAAACGUGGCGAACGUUCAUCGAGCGAUCCGGAAAUGCACCGACCUUUGCUUCCGAAGAGGAGGACGUUGGUGACCAGACGGUGAGAGAGCCUGGCAACGGCAGACUGCACGGCUUUGCAGCGGCACCACAAACGCAACAACAGACGCACCACUCUAUUCUGGGAAGCCAGGCGGGAUGUGGGACCUUACGCAGCAGCAUACAGCAGCAUCGCAACCGUGGCAGUGUGAUGCGCCUGGAUAAGGCCGACAUGGGUCUGUACGGUAUCUGCCCCGAGACGGACCCAUUCUAUGCGGUGAUCUGUGAUAUUUGUGGUAGUGUAGUGAAACCGCAGGGAUUGCAGAAGCAUAUGAGCAAUCGGCACUAUUCCUAUUACCACCACGCGUCCAAAUUGAACGCCAAUGGAAGCGCCACUGGGUCGACGAUGUCCACUACCAGCACGAGCACGGCCGGUGGUGGAACUGUCGGUGGAAGCACCACUUGCAGCAACAGUCGUAGCAACAGCACUGAUCAGUCACUAGCCACUAGUUCAGCUUAUGUUUCGUCAGGAGAAAAGACUGAUUUUACCAUUCGCAUUAGCACGACCGCGGACGGCAUCGCGCGUGCGGAAACUAAAUUAUCAUUGUCGUCUUUGUCAUCGUCAUCAUCGUCUUCGUCUUCGUCAUCGUCUGUUUCUAGUUCUUACUCUGCUUCUGGAGCUGGCAUCAACUCUUUGCGUCAUCAUAGCGAAAACGAAGCGCCAAGUGGUGACCAGCAAUCGUUGACAAUAGUCGUUCCAUCAUCCAAGAUACGCACCAGCACAGGAAGUGGAAGCAAAGUGAAGAGUAAAACGGCCAAAUCGGUACAUUCAUCGAAAUCGUCAUCCAGCUACGGGUCAUCGACGUUGUCGUCUUCGUUCGCGAAAACGUCCAUCGCGCCGGCUACGGUCAGCGAUGUAUCAGUGGAAUUCGGUCGUGACGCAUAUCCCACCGGUAACGGGGCCAUUGGUAGCGGUGGAGUGCCAGUAGUACUAAUGAGCAACUGUUCCGUGGUACUAGAUAAGAAAGGAACAUUUCCCAUCGCCACGGACGCAACUGCUUUGUCGAAAUCUUCAUCGAAACGAGGUUCUUCCAAGUUAACGUCCUCAUCCUCCUCAAGCUCGUCACCGUCAUCGUCUUCUUCUUCGUCCUCUUCGUACUCUUCGUCGAGUAGCAGCAGCAGUUCGAGUAGCAGUUCGAGUAGCGGUUCCAACAAUGUGGUCGGUGCUGCUCAUAAGGGUUCCAGCGAGAGGAAAAGCGACCGUUCGCGAGAUUUCGACCCAGAUCGACAUUGUGGCGUUGCCACACCUGAGGGGAAGAAACACUGUACGCGACCACUGACGGCUUGCAAGUCGCACACGUUAUCGCAGCGUAAGGCAGUGCAAGGCAGAAGUAAAAAUCUGGAUAAAUUAAUGGCCGAAUUGCGUACGCCAAGUGUCCCCAAGGAGGACAGCGGUGCUUCAGGUGUUUUCCUAGAGGUAAUCGAAUCGAGCAGCAAUUCCUCGACCGGAUUCGAGGUCGAUCGCAGCCGUAGUGGGGCAGCAACGUGCGGAGUGUCCGGAACAUCGAAUGAAAGCAUCGUUCGUUCUACGACACCAAUGCCAAGUGUAAGCACCGGGAGUGCCGAGUUGCCAGCGGCAGGCAGAAUUGUUAAUGACGCGGUAGCGAAAGUGACUCAGCUAUCCGGCCACAGAAGUGGAAGUCCGGCAUCUGCGGUACAGAAAGGUGUUCCCAGUAGCGACAGUAAAAGUGAGCGAUCGAAACACAAAACAUCAUCUCGCACACAUGGGAGUGCGGAUAGAAGUGGAACGACGGCUCAUCAGGGUCACGGACCGGGUAAAUCGAGCUCACAUCAUCACCGUAGUGUUGGUUCCACGAAACAAGGACAAUCGCGAGAAUUUUCGAUUGGAGUGACGACAGCAGCUACCAUACCGACUACGACAACGCUUGGUCCACAGCACCACCAACCACAACAAAAGUUGCCGGCAGCGGUAGCAACUUCGCAGCUAUCGUUGCCUCAAUCCAUCGUUCACCAGCAGGUGGCACAACCCGUAUCAUUGUCUCAACAACCGCUACUGAUGGCCACCAUGCCUGCCGAGGCGCUCGCACAGCAUUUUGUGGACGAAUCUCCCAGUGGCGGCUUGCCCGAACAGACGACAAUCGUAAUGGAUCCUAGUACGAGUCUCCUAAAGCUGUCCGUUGCACCCGGAACGCUACACGCUACUGGCGAGGGUGAUAUUUCGCAGCAGCAAUACACCACCUCUGUCUCCAAUAAUAGCGUCAGCAUGAUGCAAGACCAGCUGACUGUAACUCUGCCACUAUCUGUGAUAAAUUCCAUGAACCUUUCUGGCACCAAUCUGGUUAAUAUGGCACAUGGGGCCACUGACGGUACUAGCACUGGGACUUCCAACGCAGCUGCCCGUGUGCUUUCUACGGCCGCAGUUUCGGCCACAAUGAUAGGGCCCGGAAUUGAAGCAGUGGCAGUCACUCCGCAAACGGCGGAGGCCUUUAUUCCGGCCGAACUGAUAGAGCAGCUCCCUCUGGUGGGCGGUACCGGCACUGAGAUGCACGAUACAGCAUACCGCUUGACGGCUACUGGAGGCGGGGGAGCGGUUGCUGGAGGAACUGUGGCGACAGGAGUUUCUGGUGAAGGUGAAUUGGCUGAUCUGGCAGCGCUACCCAACUUUAGCGAUCAGAUCAAUUACACGCUUCAAACGCUUGCCCAAAACCUCCAGUCCGCUGAACCGCCGGCCGAUCUCGUCGAUAGUAUCGAUGAUAUCGUUCCCACGAUCAAUCUGCUACCAGCGGCUGCCAAUCCGUUGGUAAUGCCGCAGCUGCAAGGAGAGCUGGGCGAUUCCAUCAUCCUCACGCCGACACAGUUAACGACCCUGUCGCAAUCGUUGGUCGAUCAGCACUUUAUCGACAACAUGACCCUCAAGUCGGCAGAAAUGGAAAUUGGAUUGACGGUGAACGGCCCGGUCGAUAUAUCGAAGCUGAUGCUGCUAAAGAAGGUCGACGAUGAAUUCGUUAAGGAACGCCAGCAACAGUCGGGCCAAGCGUUCCCGGCUCUCGAACAGCUCGAUGAAGUGCGGGGCAUACGAAUGUGGUACAGUUCGUUGCCCAAACCGUUGCAUGUGAACAAUUUCCAACUCCGUCGGCUUGCCGGUGGUUUCGUUAUGAAUCGCAAACUUCUCGCCUUGCGGAAAAAUCUUCUCAGUGAAACCGGUAAGCUGGCAAACGAAGGCGGUGGUAUGAACGGUGUUGGUGGCGGAAGCAUGUUGGGCAGUCCGACUGGUGCCGGAGGAGGGAUUGGUAUACGAAACGCCACUGGACUGUUCAAUCGUGGUCAGCGCAGGACGCUAAUUGCGCAGCCCCGUAGCAACGCAGGCACAGGGCAACGUUCGGAAAAAGCUUCCUGUUUGCUGAGCAACACAUACUUUCGAAAUUUAAUUACUUCAAUGCAACAAAAUCAACAUCAACCUCCCGCACAUUCCAAAGGAGGGCACUCCUUUGCCGAUGGAGUCAGCAGCUACACGACUAAUCGUGCGCACUCCUUAAAACGAGGCGCUUCUUCGCUGACUACACUAUCGAACAAAAGGCUGAAGAUAAUUAGUAAUCUCCACAAUUCGACCGCUCCACCCCAGCUGUUGCUGCAGCGUAGUGGCAAAGUAAAGCCGAAGGUAUUAUAA